AACAUGUUAAUGUAAACAACACUAAACAAAUGAACGACUGACAAAGUCAUUCUUUACCUUUGGCUUUGGGUCAAGUUGUGUUCUUUGAAUAGAAAAUUCACCAAUUUGGUCAAAACACAAAGGAGAUGCUGAUUUUCCUCUAGUCUCCGUUUCAGAUCUGCUCCCCCAUCCCGACAUCCACGGGAUAUUUCUUCACAAAAUUCUUUUGUCUGAAUUCUCUUUCCGAAACUUCUGCUCUGUUCCUCCGUCUGAAUCCUCUUCCGGCGGAGAGAAAUGACUCUUCCGGCGUUAGAAAAUGACGGUGGCUCUGAUUUUCCGGCGGUCUCUAUCAUCGGAAGCAAGAGGAAUAAGUAUCAGAGAAUGGAUUCCGACGGGGAGGGAACUCGUGAGGAUCAUCAUCAUCGCAGCAGAUCCAGGAAAUACGUUAUGGCCUGCGCCUUCUUUGCAUCCUUGAACAAUGUUCUCCUCGGCUACGAUGUUGGUGUAAUGAGCGGUGCGGUGUUGUUCAUACAGCAGGAUCUCAAUAUAACCGAAGUGCAGACGGAAGUCCUCAUCGGCAGCCUCAGCAUCAUCUCUCUGUUUGGUAGCUUAGCCGGCGGAAGAACCUCUGACUCCAUCGGCAGGAAAUGGACCAUGGCCUUGGCUGCUCUUGUCUUCCAGGCCGGCGCUGCCGUCAUGGCGGUUGCUCCUUCCUUCGAGGUUCUCAUGAUCGGAAGAACUUUCGCCGGGAUCGGUAUCGGACUCGGCGUCAUGAUUGCUCCUGUUUACAUUGCUGAGAUAUCUCCCACCGUGGCUAGAGGCUUCCUCACUUCGUUCCCUGAGAUCUUCAUCAACUUAGGGAUCUUGCUGGGCUAUGUCUCUAACUACGCCUUCUCCGGGCUCUCCGUGCAUAUCAGCUGGAGGAUCAUGCUUGCUGUAGGCAUCCUUCCUUCGGUUUUUAUAGGAUUUGCGUUGUGCGUGAUCCCUGAAUCGCCUAGGUGGCUGGUGCUGAAAGGUCAAGUGGACAGAGCAAGAGAGGUGCUCAUGAAGACGAACGAGAGAGACGAUGAAGCGGAAGAGCGGCUCGCGGAGAUACAGCUAGCUGCUGCGAAGACAGAAGGCGGCGAAGAGAGACCCAUGUGGCGGGAGCUUCUUAGCCCAUCUCCUGCUGUAAGAAAAAUGCUCAUCGUUGGGUUUGGGAUCCAGUGUUUUCAGCAGAUCACUGGUAUCGACGCCACCGUCUACUAUAGCCCGGAGAUUCUGAAAGAGGCAGGGAUACAAGACGAGACCAAGCUGCUAGCUGCAACCGUUGCUGUCGGGAUCACGAAAACGUUGUUCAUACUCUUCGCCACUUUCUUGAUCGAUAGCGUUGGAAGGAAACCUCUGCUUUACGUGAGCACAGUUGGGAUGACUCUGUGUCUCUUUAGUCUAAGCUUCACUCUCACGUUUCUCGGCCAAGGAACGCUUGGCAUAGCCUUGGCGCUUCUCUUUGUUUGUGGGAACGUUGCUUUCUUCUCUAUUGGGAUGGGACCUGUCUGCUGGGUCUUGACGUCAGAGAUCUUCCCGUUACGGCUAAGAGCGCAGGCUUCAGCGCUUGGUGCUGUCGGGAACAGGGUCUGCAGCGGUAUAGUGGCCAUGUCUUUCCUGUCGGUGUCACGUGCCAUCACUGUCGGUGGAACUUUCUUUAUCUUCUCCCUUGUGUCUGCGCUCUCGGUUGUCUUCGUGUACAUGUUAGUCCCGGAGACUAGCGGGAAGUCGCUGGAGCAGAUAGAGUUGAUGUUUCAGGGUGGGAUAGAAAGGAAAGGCGGUGAAGUUGAGCUUGGAGAUGCUGAGCGUCUUGUACGAAAGGAUCAAGAGUUUUGACUGUGGAGGGUGUUCUGUUCAUGUUUUAGAUCCAAUGAAAGUAAGACAGAUUUUGCAAGUGCGUUUGGUGGUGGUGUAUACAUAUUCCAGAAAGACAAGUGCUCUGUUUUUUCCCCUUGUUUCAUGAAGAAACCAUGUAAUACUCAGAGACAAUACAGAACGGUCGAACAUUUGUGGUCA